AUGGAUAUUCAACUUGUUUCGAUGACGCGGAUGGAUUUAUACCGAUGGACGUUCCAUGGUGAAUGGAGUGAAGUGGUGACGGCAUACAAAGACAACGCAAUGAUUCACAAGAUGCCCGUCAACAGUGAUAAAGACACGGCGUUGCACGUGGCGGCGAACGAGAACAAUGCUAUCACAGUUAAGCAGCUGGUGGAUGAAAUUAAGCAGACGUCGGGGGCGGUGGAGAGUUUGAAAACAAAGAAUGUUGAAGGUGACACAGCGUUGCAUCGAGCAGCAUCCAUAGGGUCGCUCCAGAUGUGUGAGUGCAUCGUUGAAGCUGAUCACCAUCGUCAUCAAGGACACGUGUUGAUUGAAGAACGGAACAAUAAUGGAGAGACUCCUCUGUUCUUGGCUGCUUUAAAUGGACAUAACGAUGUUUUCUUUUACCUCCAAUCUCGUUGCGCCGACAAGUCUCUUGGGCCAUGCAGAAGAGCAAGCGAUGGCCAGACAGUCCUUCAUUGCACCCUCUACCGAGACUACUUUGAGUUGGCAUUUGAAAUCAUUAAUAUGUACCAAAAAGAAAUUGUGGGUUCUGUGGAUGAAAAGGGAAUUACCCCUCUCCAUAUCCUAGCCGACAAACCUUCUGCCUUCAAAAGCAGCAGCAAUUUUAGAUGGUAUAUACGUGAAGCGGUUGAGAAGCACCAACCAUCAGUCAAAAUCCCAGCAGACUGGCAACUCGUCCCCGAAGCACUGCGGAUACAGAAAACCCAAUUGAUUACAACUGUGAACAUGGAAAUGAUGUUCCGAAAAAUUAUCGGACAUGUCGUGACAUUUUCAUGGCAUUCACCUGUUUUUAUUAUUUGGUCUGUCUUGGAAGGGCUUUGGUACAGAUUAGAGGAAAUAAAGACAUUGAGGAAGAAGAAACAAAAGCACCUUUGGUGCGGUCAAAUACUGGAUGGACUUUGGAAGUAUAAAGAUGUAGCAUAUUGGAGGUCGUGUCAAAGCCUUGUGAACCCAGAACCUCGUCGCGAGACCGAUGGCCCAAAAGGGGUAGAAGAGAUGGUAAAAAAUGAAAGGGAGAGACAGGAGUCAGCAUUGUUUAUUGCAGCGGAAAAUGGUGUGCUGGAAAUAGUGAAGAAAAUUCUGAAAGAUAAACCAGAGGCCAUUGUCAUUUGUAAACAGGCAAAUCCAUGUUUUGGAGUACCUGAUGAGGCACAUAAGGAGAACUUGCAAGAAAAACUCCUCAGAGGCGUAGACAGUGCAGGCAACACCAUCCUCCACUUGGCUGCCAGGCUCUCCCAUUACAUGCCCAUGCAUAUUAGUGGUGCUGCCAUGCACAUGCAGUGGGAAGUCGAAUGGUUUCGGUAUAUGAAGAAAAAAGUGCCGCACAAAAUGCAAUUCCUCUGCAAUAGGAAUCAGCAAACACCAGCAGAUACUUUUGCAACAGAUCACAAGGAUUUAAUCAAAGAAGGCGUUGAAUGGCUCAAGAGCACGUCGGAGUCGUGCUCCGUCGUGGCCGCACUUAUUGCCGGUGUGGCCUUCACUACGGCUAUCACCAUCCCUGGUGGUACUGAGCAGGUGACCGGCAAACCUUACCUAGAACGCCACCCAGCUUUCAAACUGUUUGCAAGCACCUCACUGUUGGCUUUCUGCUGCUCCAUCACCUCUCUCAUCUUGUUCCUCUCCAUCCUCACUUCCCGCCAGCAACCUCGAGAUUUUCACAAAGAUUUGCCUUUCAAACUUCUUUUGGGUUGA